AUGCCACUCUACACAACCUCCCAGAAACACCAAAUUGCGGAGUUCAUCAACUGUACACGGACAAAAGAGUCCGUUGCCGUUAAAUUUCUGAAAUCAUCUGGCUGGAGUUUACCUCCUGCCCUUGACGCGUUCUUCGCCGCUGCGGCUGGCACCUCCGCUACCAUUACCUCAGAACUUACAAAGAUCUUCGAAAGCUACCGAGAUGACCCUGUGGACAGCCCAGAUACCAUCGGUAUCACCCGAGCCAUAGAAUUCCUAGGCGAUCUGAAAGUCGAGCUCGAUGAAGUCACCUGUCUAGCCAUCGCCGAGCUCCUCCAAUCACCAUCAAUGGGCGAAUUCACCCGCGAAGGAUGGAUGGAAGGCUGGCUGAAAGCUCCUUGUGACACAAUGCCAAAAAUGCAAGCCUAUGCCAAGUCCCUUCGGGAGAGAAUUCCCCAAGAACCCGAGACUUUCAGACGAGUUUACAGAUAUGCAUUCCCGCUCUCGCGAAUGCAGGGACAACGCAAUCUCCAAUUCGAAAUUGCUGCUGAGCAAUGGCGGCUCUUCUUCACUACUGACCAUGGAGGUGUGGCGUGGAAUACGGAGACGACGCCGUGGCUGGAUUGGUGGAUUGAGUUCCUUGAGGAGCGCGGGAAGAAACCUGUUAAUAAGGAUCUGUGGGAGCAGGUUGAGGUGUUUAUGCGGAAGAGUCUGGAGGAUGAGGAGAUGGGUUGGUGGAGUCCUGAUGGGGCUUGGCCUGGUGCUCUGGAUGACUUUGUUGCUUGGGUUCAAGCUAAGAGGGGGAAGGGAUCGGAGAUGGAGGUUGAAUAA